AUGGCUUCUCGCCCAGACAAAGACAUGAGUAAUCAUGAAAAGAUUCAUGAGUCAGAAGCCUCGUCUUCUACUCACACCGACACCAUUCUUGAUCCAGCGACCGAAAAGGCUCUGGAACAGCAACAAAAGCCUCAAACGCUUCCGUCAGACCCUAACGCUGGAACUACUCUACACCAACUAGAGAAUGCCGCGUCCGAAAAGGUUGAGCUGACUGAGGAAGACUGCUACGACCAACUCGGCUAUGCCUUUCCCAGCUGGAAGAAGUGGAUGAUCAUUUCGGUCAUCUUCCUUGUUCAAACAUCAAUGAAUUUCAACACCAGUCUCUACUCGAAUGCCCUCACCGGUAUAUCCGAAGAAUUCGGAGUCAGCAUGCAAGCUGCUCGGUGUGGUGCCAUGAUUUUCUUGGUCCUCUACGCCUUUGGUUGCGAGCUAUGGGCUCCCUGGAGUGAGGAACUAGGUCGGAAGCCUAUCCUACAGCUCAGUCUGUUCCUUGUGAAUAUUUGGCAACUUCCCGUUGCUCUCGCCCCCAAUUUCGCAUCUAUCAUGGUGGGACGUGCUCUUGGAGGUCUCAGUUCAGCUGGUGGUUCAGUUACCCUGGGUAUGAUCGCGGAUCUUUGGGAAGCAGAUGACCAGCAAUAUGCUGUCGCCUGCGUCGUAUUCUCUUCAGUGGGUGGCUCCGUGAUCGGGCCAGUCGUUGGAGGAUUUGUGGAAGCAUAUCUGCCGUGGCGCUGGAACAUCUGGAUUCAGCUCAUAUUCGGGGGUUUCGUGCAGGUGGCGCACUUGCUUCUGGUACCUGAGACCCGGACAACGAUCAUGAUGGACCGUAUCGCGAAGAAGCGGAGGCAGAGCGGCGAAGGCCCCAAUAUCUAUGGACCGAACGAGCUCGUCCCUUUCAGGGAACGUUUUUCGAUGCGCGAAGUCCUCAUCACCUGGAUCCGUCCCUUUAAGAUGUUCUUGACGGAGCCGAUUGUCCUCACUCUGUCUCUUCUGAGUGGCUUCAGUGAUGCCCUGAUCUUCAUGUUUAUUCAGUCGUUCAGCCUCGUGUACGACCAGUGGGGGUUUGGCACCGUGGAGCUAGGCCUGUCGUUCCUUCCCAUCCUCGUGGGUUACUUCAUUGCAUGGGGCGCUUUCAUCCCAGUCAUUAGAAGGAACAUUGAGGAGCGACGCAGGAAGCCUGACGAUGAGCGGGCUCAGUACGAGUCUCGGCUUUGGUUCCUUCUCUAUACAGCCCCCUGCUUGCCCAUUGGCUUGAUUGGCUUCGCGUGGACCAGUUUGGGGCCUCCUGUCCACUGGAUUGGGAGCAUGGUAUUCUCUGCCAUCGUCGGUAUUGCCAACUACAGCAUCUACAUGGCCACUAUCGAUUACAUGAUCUGCGCAUACGGACCGUACUCGGCUUCUGCAACGGGCGGCAACGGAUGGUCGCGAGACUUUUUGGCUGGUGUGCUCACCAUCCCUGCCACACCAUUCUUUGAAAACAUUGGCGGUAAAUACCACCUGGAAUACGCGUCUACCAUUCUAUUCUGUAUCUCUUUCCUCCUGGUCAUUGCAGUAUACGUUAUCUACUGGUACGGACCAGCACUUCGCAAGCGAUCGCCGUUUGCCCAACAGCUGUCGGACGCAAGAGUCGAGCUUCAGACUCAUGGCCGACGGCUGUCUAAGAUUCCUUCCGGUUCAAGGGCAAAUUCCUUUGCGCGUUCGCAACAGAACCUACGCAUUCGUCACACGCUCGGAAGUCGUCCUGGCAGUUACAUAGCAUCCCGCCCGGCCUCGAAUGUCAACUCCCGGGUCAACUCCCGGGUCAACUCGCGAAGAAACAGCCUUUCUCGUUAA